CGAAACCAAAACCGCGCGCUGGCCGAGGCAGAAGCCAAGCAUGACACCCACCGACGCAGAUGUCAGAGAAGCAUUUGCGCUGUUCGACAAGCGAGGCAAUGGCAAGAUCCCUCGCUCUUCGCUAGGCGAGAUCCUGCGAGCGCUCGGCCAGAACCCCACGCAGGCCGAAGUCGAGUCCCUUGGCGCGGAUCAAGGUGCAGAGAUCGAUUACGCUACUUUUGAGAAGAUACUGUGGCGCAAGGAUGGUUUUAAACCAGCGGGAACGGCAGACGAGUUCAUACGCGGCUUCCAAGUCUUUGACAAGGACGGGCAUGGCACGAUCGGCGCAGGCGAGCUGCGAUACGUCCUUACAAGCUUGGGCGAGAAGUUGUCGAACGAAGAAGUUGACCAGCUUCUCAAGGACGUCAAAAUGGGCUCGGACGGCAAUAUUGACUACCGUCAAUUUGUGAACACACUCAUGGCAGCAUAGCACGCAGGCGUUGCUUGUACAUUUGCAUUACGAUCGUGUUGAGCCCGAGCAGCUUCUACCCCAGCCGAGACGAGACUGGACCAGUUC